UUGGCAGAAAACUUGAUUGGCAAAGGAGGAUAUGCUGAAGUUUACAAGAGUUGUUUGCCCGAUGGUCAGCUUGCCUUGGUUAAGUGCCUCAAUAAAGGUACUCAAGGCGAGCAGGAUCAAAUCUUCCUAUGUGAAAUUAGUACUAUAGCACAUGUAGAACAUCCUAAUACUACAAGGAUGUUUGACUAUGGAGUGGAAGGAGGCACAUAUCUUGUUCUUCAGUUAUCUUCUCAAGGCAGCUUGGGAUCAUUUAUUCAUGGCUCAAGGGAUAAGCUAGAUUGGGCCGCGAAGUACAAAAUAAUUUUUGGAAUAGCACAUGGCCUACUUUAUCUUCAUGAGAAUCGCCAAAAGCGGAUUAUACACAGUGAUAUCAAAGCUGGUAAUAUUCUACUUAUGGAAGAGUUUGGGCCUCAGGUACUAUAUUGGCUGGCAUUAUUAAAUCUUCCAUAAUAUACAAUUUUGGUAAAAUAAUUUGGUCUUCUCUGAGUCAUGUAUUAUGAUGGUCUACAUGUGCUAUAGUACCGAUUUCACAUAGGAAGAUUUGUUCUCAUUCCUCUGGUGUACCUUUAUUGAGGCGCUUAACUAUGACAAGCUGACCAUCAGGCAAACAACCCUUGUAAACUUCAGCAUACCCUCCUUUCCCAAUCAAAUUUUCUAUCAAUGAAGGAGAUUAACUCUAGAAUACACAUUUAUGCUUUAAAACUUUCUAAACAAUAAAAUAGAAACAUGGGAGCAUCAUGAAAGAGUGGUAGAUGUAAAAUAUAUUAGCCUGAAUGCAAAAAAGAGAGACUUCAAAACAAAUCAUGUACCUUUUCUAAAAUUGCUAGUGCCAUUCUUCGGGCCAAAUAGGCUGAAGUUCUUCCAGGGUGAUUUGAAAGGAUAGAAACAUGUUGCUACGUUUUCCCUCACGCUUAUUAAUUACUUUCAUCUUGAUAUCCUUGGAACAACUAAAGAUGGAAAGGAAGCUACUCUCUUGAUUGAGCUCCCUUCCACAUUUUUAAGAACUUAUGUGAGUGAGAGGGAAUCAGUGAAUUCGACAAGCAGAUUUGAGAAUCCGAGGGUUAGCUUUAGGAGAAUUAGUGUCAAUACCCAGUUUCUUAUGCACACUUCAAUAACUUCUCUCGAAAGAAUAUAUUUUCUGCUUAUGUAUCAGGGGGGCAGCUACAACCUACCAAUGGUGUUUAAGCGAACACCUUUUGCUUGAAAAUUAUACUGUGUAUAUAGGUGAAAUACUGUGUUAUAUCAGCAUAUAUGAUAUUUUGAACAUAGUUGGAUUAUUUGGAGAUGGUAGUCCAGCAGUGAAGGCUGUUAAGAAAGUCUUACAGACCCAAGUUCAAUUCCCAAUGGAAGCUUUUUAGUCUUUUAAAAAAGAAAAACUACUUGUACCAAUUCACCACAUGUCUCUAUUUGAUUUUUUUUUCUUUUUAAUUAAUCUUUUUUCAAACAAACAAAUCUUAAAAGUCAUUUAGCUAAAUAUUGUAUAGUUUGAUUUAAAUUUUUGGUGCAUCCUUCAUUAAAAAAAUAUAAACUUGCCUAAGUUUGAACAUCCUUAACAAAAAUCCUGGCUUCGCCACUAUUGCAUAUGGACAUUUGAACUUACAUUUAAGACUGACAAUUAAUUGAUGCAUAAUAACUUUCUUAACUUUGUCGGUUAAGAGACCUUGGCUCUCAAGGGAUUGAAUAUUAUUGGUGGUUUAUGGAAUAUUAUCAAUGAUUAUUUGUGAUGGGCCUUAAUGAUAAAUUUUUCUAAGAAAGCCAGUAACACGAUGGGAAAGGAAUAUUUAGAGGUCCAAAUAUGGCAAUAAGUGAAAUUAGUGUAACUUGUUUAUAGUCGCGAUAAGUAGUGUAGUAGUGAGCAAGUGAACUAAAAAAAGAAAGGAGAAAAUAAAGAUUGAGGUAGAAAAUGGAUGAGUACAUAUUUAUGUGCGAAACAUCCUAUGUACCACUGAAAACACAUUUUCUCAUGGAGAUAAGCAUGAGCUGCGGCAGAGAGAGCACUAGUGUAUCAUUGGUAAAAGGGAAAUAGAGAAAAACAAAGAUAACAGGAUUUAAAACUGGAUGGGUAUCUAUGAUAUGAGAUACAACAGGUCUAACAUUCAAUCACAUGUUUCAACCAUAUCCUUUGAAAAAAAAGACAACCUUGCAUAAAAGAUGUUCCGUUUAUGCGGCUAUCAGGAGAUUCAACAGAAAGAGGUAGUGGUAGUGGGAAAAGAGAAUAGAGAAGAACAAAGAUGCAAGAGUUAAAACAUGGAUAAAUACAAACUGGAUAGUUUUGUGCAACCUAUUUACGACUUGAAACAUGCUUACCGAUGGAGACUAGCAGGAGAGGCAACAGAUGGAUGUAUGCAAAAAGGAAAUAGAAAAGAACAGAGAUAGAAAGAAUUUGAAAUGGACGGUACACAUCAUGUGAGAUAAUGUUGAUUAAUGCUUCGGAAUGACCUUAUUUAUUUCCUACUUUUUAGCAGCAGUAAAGUAAUACGUGUUUAGUAAAUUAGGAUGAUUAGUACUUUCCUAUUUUCUAGUUGACAGUUAUAGAGUUGUUGGGAACAUGUUUAUCCACUUUCCUAUUAACUUGCUUAUCUAAAGGUAGUUUGUUGUAAGCCUAUUUAAAA